CAGACCACAUCAGGCAUUCGGCGGAAGCGGAACACCCUGAAGGUGUUUGAAUCUAAAGUCAUGGCUUUCGUAAAGCAAGCUCUGGUGUCACAUAAGAAGGUCCUUUCUGAAAACCACAAAGAAUUGUUUGAGGAAGACAAGCAGGAGGACAUGCUUGAUGAUCAGCCGGUCGAGAUUGAUGAUGAAACAAGUGAAGCAGCUCUGAAGAUUGCUCUCCAUAUCUUGAGGGCCAUGAAGGCGGAUGAACAUGCUCACACACUUGAGCAAAAUGGGGACUUUGGAGAAGUCAACAUUGAACAUGAAGUGAGACAAAUUGAGACAGCCUUUAACAGACGUCAGAAUUUUUCUGAAACUCUGAUCAAGUGUGAAGACAUCUUCAAGGCCAAACCCAACCAAUCAGCCAAACCAAUCCGAACGGUGCUCACGAAGGGGAUAGCAGGCAUCGGCAAAACUGUGAUGGCACAGAAGUUCAUGCUGGACUGGUCGGAGGAUAAGGCCAAUCAAGACAUCCAGCUCCUGUUUUCACUUCCUUUAAGGGAACUAAAUUUUCUCAAAAAUGAAACAAGAAGUUUGAUGGAGCUCCUGUAUGACUUCUCUCCAGGCCUGAAGGAAUCUGGAAUCAAAGACCUACAUGUGUACAAAGUUAUGUUCCUACUGGAUGGUCUCGAUGAGUGCAGACUCCCUCUGGAUUUCAACGGAAAUGAGAGAUGUUGUAAAGCUACACAGUCUGCCUCCGUGGAUAUGCUGCUGACAAACCUCAUUGCAGGUCACCUGCUACCAAAAGCUAAACUUUGGAUAACUACUCGUCCUGCUGCCGCAAACCGCCUCCCUUCCCAUUAUGUCGACCGGGUGACUGAGAUACGAGGCUUCAACAACCUACAGAAGGAGCAGUACUUCAACAAGAAAAUCGAUGAUGAAAACUUAGCCAGGAGAGUUAUCGCAAACAUAAAGUCGACUAGAAGUCUCUACAUCAUGUGCCACGUGCCGGUGUUUUGCUGGAUUUCCUCUAUCGUCCUUGGAAAAAUGUGUGCCAAAGCAGGCGGAGGGAAAAUGCCAAAGACUUUGACUCAGAUGUACAUCCACUUUCUGGCACAUCAGACUGUACAGAUUCAUGUCAAGUACGGCAAAGAGCAACAACUGGACUCCCAAGGUAAUAACAAGGUGAUUAUGGCACUUGGGAAGUUGGCCUUCCAGCAGCUGGAGAAAGGCAACCUGAUCUUCUAUGAGGGUGAUCUAAGAGACUGUGGUAUUGAUGUCAAAGACGCGUCUGUCUACUCAGGAGUGUGCACUCAAGUCUUUAGGGAAGAGUCCUGGAUGCAGCAUAAAGUCUUCUGCUUUGUGCAUCUGUCUGUCCAAGAGUUUCUUGCAGCUUUGUAUGUCCAUGUGAUGUACAAGGCCUAUGGAGUAAACCUGAUGACCGAAGAACCUGAACAGGUAGACCACGCCAAGUCUGUAUCCGAACUGCACAAAGCUGCAGUGGACAGAGCCUUAAAAAGUGACAACGGCCACCUGGAUCUCUUCCUGCGUUUCCUUCUCGGACUUUCUCUGGAAUCCAGUCAGGGUCUGCUCAGAGGCCUGAACAUUAAGGUAGAAACCUGUGACUCCCAAAGUCAUGAGGAAACCAUCAAGUACAUCAAGGAGAAAAUAAAUCAGACUCAUCAGUCCGAGAGGUACAUCAAUCUCUUCCACUGUCUGAAUGAGUUAAAUGAACACGCUCUGGUGGAGGAGAUCCAGAGCCACUUGGACUCAGACCAAGACUUGGCAAUGAACGAGUGCUCUGCAGCUCGGUGGGCGGCUCUAGUCUUUGCGUUGCUGACCUCACCAGAGAAACCAGAGGAGAUCCACCUCAAGAAAUACUCCAGAACAGAAGACGGCCUUUUCAGGCUCCUACCAGCCAUCAAAGCAUCCAGAUCAGCAAAGUUGAAUGAUUGUAAUCUAACUGCAGACUGCUGUCAGAAGCUGUCAGAAGCUUUCAGCUCAAGCUCUAAUGAGCUGAUUCACUUAAACAUAAGUGACAACAACUUACAAGACUCAGGAAUCGAGUCUCUCUGCGCUGGGCUCCAAAGCCCACACUGCAGACUGAAGACGCUGAGGCUGAACCGAUGCGGCCUGACUCAGGGAUGCUGUGAAAAGCUGGCUUCAGUCCUGAGCUGUCCAUCAUCACAUCUCCGAGAGCUGGACCUGAGUGACAACGACAUUGAAGAUUCAGGGGUGCAGCAGCUCUCCACUGGACUGGGAAAUGUGGUCUGUAAACUGGAAACCCUCAGGUUGUCGUUCUGUAACAUCACAGAGAAAGGUUGUGGUUUCUUGGCCUCGGCAGUGAAGUCCAACCCCUCCCACCUGAGUGAGCUGGACCUGAGCUACAAUCACUUAGGAGAGUCGGGAGUGAAGCUCAUCUCUGAAGCUUUGGAGGAAGGACGGAGCGAAUUAACUAAACUCAGAGUCGACCACAACGCAGAACACUGGUUCAAACCAGGGCUGAGACGAUAUGCCUGUGAACUGACACUGGAUCCUAACUCCGCUCACAAAGUCCUCGCCUUCUCUGAAGACGGACGAAAGGUUAGCCAGGUCCGAGAGGAGCAGCCAUAUCCAGAUCACCCUGACAGGUUUGACUACUGGCCAGAAGUCCUAUUCCUGGAGGGCCUAAAGGGCUGCCGAUACUGGGAGGUGGAGUGGGAGGGGAAAUGGUUCGGGAUCGGAGUGACCUACAGGGGCAUCAGUCGCAAAGGGUCGGGCAACGACUGCGUGAUGGGUUACAAUGGGAUAUCUUGGAGUCUGCACUGUUCCGGAAAAGGCUACCGGGCGUAUCAUAACUUCGAGAGCACUGUCGUUCCAGUCCCUCUGAAUGAUAACUCCGGUGGACUGGCCGUGUAUCUGGACUGGGAGGCUGGCAUCCUGUCCUUCUACAGAGUUUCUUCAAGAGGGUCGCUGACACACCUGCACACCUUCAACACCAAAUUCACUGAGCCGCUCUACCCAAUUUUCAGGGUGUGGGGUGAAGGCUCCUCAGUGAGGCUGAGUCGGGUGGAAUAAGUUGACA